AUGGCCGACCAGUUAACAGAGGAACAGAUUGCUGAGUUUAAAGAAGCAUUUUCCUUGUUUGAUAAAGAUGGUGAUGGUACAAUCACCACUAAAGAAUUAGGUACAGUCAUGCGCUCUUUGGGGCAGAACCCUACAGAAGCUGAACUGCAAGAUAUGAUCAAUGAAGUAGAUGCUGAUGGUAAUGGUACAAUUGACUUCCCUGAGUUCUUAACAAUGAUGGCCAGAAAGAUGAAGGAUACAGACAGUGAAGAAGAGAUUCGAGAGGCAUUCCGCGUUUUUGACAAAGAUGGAAAUGGAUUCAUAUCUGCUGCUGAACUCCGACAUGUAAUGACCAACUUGGGCGAAAAGUUAACUGAUGAUGAGGUCGAUGAAAUGAUACGCGAAGCUGAUAUAGAUGGUGAUGGUCAAGUAAAUUAUGAAGAAUUUGUUACAAUGAUGACGACAAAGUAA